UACAUCCGCGUUUAACUGUCUGCAUCUCAGAACGCCAUCAUCAAAAAUAGUGCCGCCAUGGACGAAACGCAACACUUUUGUCUUCGCUGGAACAACUACCAAAGUAGCAUAACAUCGGCCUUCGAAAAUCUCAGAGAUGACGAGGACUUCGUCGAUGUCACAUUGGCCUGCGAAGGCCGCAGUAUCAAAGCUCACCGUGUAGUGCUCUCGGCGUGCAGUCCCUAUUUCAGAGAUCUGUUAAAGAGUACACCCUGCAAACAUCCAGUGAUACUAUUGCAGGAUGUAAAUUUCAACGAUCUACAUUCGUUGGUCGAAUUCAUUUACCACGGCGAAGUCAAUGUCCAUCAAAAGUCACUGCAGUCGUUUCUUAAGACAGCGGAAGUUUUGAGAGUUUCGGGGCUAACACAACAACAGGCCGAAGAAACCCAUAGUCAAUUAGCACAAAUACAAAACUUGGCCAAUUCAGGAGUGCGCACCCCUUUGAAUCCACUACACACAUCCAUGUCCGAGGAUUCGCCACUAUACCAGCGUAAUGCGGUGUCACCACCGCCUCCAUUACCGCCCACACAGAUGCCGUUCUUCAAGAGAAUUGGUAUGUUGAGGCGUGAACACAACAAUUCAACGUCGUCUGCCGAAGAUCCCACCAACGCGUUGAAGCGAAUGCGUGGUCCCGACAAUGGCAUACCACCCAGCAACACUAAUAGUCCCGACAUUGUCCAUCCUCGGAGCACUUCCCCCCAGUUGACACCCACAGAUUUCUCAACCAUGAAACACAACAACAACAACUCGCCCCCACCCAAAGAUGAAAAACGUAAGUAAAUGAUCGAUGCCACGGGCGGCCGAACUAAUCCCAAUUUCCCCCUUCCAACAGGCAAUGGUUCCUCGAUGAAUGCUACAGGAAACAGCGGCAAUAGCUCGAAUGCUAGCGCUAAUGGCAAUGGUAUAACGACGGGUGACAAAGGCGAAAGCCUCACACCUUCACCCCUGGCCCGUAGAGCCGAAGAUGUUAAAUCGGAACCAAUGGAAUUAGUAUGCAGCAAUAACAACGAUGAGCACAGUAACGAUUCAAAUGCGGAAAAUGAACAACUUCGGGUGGGCAGUGUAGAUUGCGGCAAAGGCUCCUUGAGCUCGGUCAACGAUGAGGAAAUUGAAAAUACGAUGCCACCACAUCCGCCCUCGGCUCCCUUUCUAAUCUCGCCAGCCGAGUCCAAGCUCUUUCCGUCGGCGCCCUUCACAUUUCCCAUGGGCAACCUAGACCCAGCAGCAUUUGCCAGUCUCAACUCGCAAAUGCCCUCGGCCGCGGACAUAGCCGCUUCCCCCCAAGGAAAUUCGCCUAAGAAACUGUUCUCAUGCCAACUAUGUGGUAAGCUUCUCUGUUCAAAAGCUUCGCUCAAGCGUCACAUUGCCGACAAACAUGCCGUUCGCCAAGAGGAAUAUCGUUGUAUCAUCUGCGAGAGAGUGUACUGCUCGCGCAACUCGCUGAUGACCCACAUUUACACGUACCACAAGUCGCGGCCCGGCGAAAUGGAAAUGAAAGACAUUAAACUGUUCAAUCAAUUCAAUACCACGAUCUGAGAGCGGACGCAUGACACCGCGUCAUGCCACUACUGUAUUACAACAAACGACCAUUACACAUACAAUUAUUUGAACAAAUCUUGCCACCAAAGUGGCCGCGAUACUGACCACAAUAAUCUGCAACAGCAGCUUUCGCGAG